UUAUAUAGGAAUCAAUACUAAUCAGAGCCCCAAAGCUGAGGAAACGAUGAUGACGCAGACGUGUUUAAGUUGCUAUAUGAAGCAGCAGCAAGCAGCAAGCACCACAGUGAUGAUAACAACUAUAAAUGUCCAAACUCUCCAAGCCUUUCCAACAACAAAAGCCAUCAUCAUCUCCUCCAACCCCACUUCAUCCUCUUCUUCUUCUUCUCAAUGGAACCUGAGAAAGCCACUGCCUCCGCUACAUUCUCAUCCUCAGCUGCCAGCAGCAGCAUGAGGGCCAACAAGAAUCCCAACAUCAAGACCACCGCCAUCGCCGCCAACAAAAACAAAACAAUUGCCCGCUGCAAUGCAGACGCGGGUCUCUUGAACGAGUUCGAACGGUCCACUGCUUUGGGUAAGUCUUUUGACUAUACAAGAUCAUCGGUUAAUCCACCCAAGUCUGUUCCUGAAGAGCAGAUAACGGCUUAUUUCUCGAAAAUUCAAAGAGGCUCACUUGUUCAGUCUUUCGGAUGCAUGCUUGCAAUUGAUGAACCUACGUUUAAGAUCAUUUGUUAUAGUGAGAAUUGCUUUGAGCUUUUGGGUUUACAUGGUAGUUCUGAGUUUAAAGGAGAGAAAGGUCUGAUCGGAAUUGAUGCUAAGAUUCUGUUUACACCCUCAUCUGGGGCUUCACUGGCGAAAGUGUCUUUGUCAAGGGAAUUAUCAUUGUUGAAUCCGAUUUGGGUGUAUUCUAGGACUAAGCUUAAGCCAUUUUAUGCUAUAUUGCAUAGGAUUGAUGUUGGGAUCGUGAUUGAUUUGGAGCCUGCUAAAUCUAGUGAUCCUGCAUUGUCCCUUGCAGGGGCUGUGCAGUCCCAAAAGCUUGCUGUUCGGGCAAUUUCGAAGCUCCAAUCUCUUCCUGCAGGAGAUAUUGGGGCUCUGUGUGAUACUGUUGCGGAGAAUGUUCAGAAGCUUACCGGUUAUGACAGAGUUAUGGUGUACAAGUUUCAUGAAGAUGAUCAUGGGGAAGUUGUGUCUGAGAUCAGAAGGGCAGAUUUGGGGCCCUAUUUGGGGUUGCAUUAUCCUGCCACAGAUAUCCCUCAAGCGGCUCGGUUCUUGUUCAAGCAGAAUCGGGUAAGGAUCAUUUGUGAUUGCAAUGCAAAGCCUGUUAGUCUCAUUCACAGUGAAGAGCUGAAGCAGCCUUUAUUGUUAGUGAAUUCAACCCUCCGGUCACCACAUGCCUGCCACAUGCAGUACAUGUCCAACAUGGGUUCAAUUGCAUCACUGGUCUUGGCGGUUAUUGUCAAUAGUAAUGAAGCAACAAAGCUUUGGGGGUUAGUGGUGUGCCAUCAUACUUCACCCCGUUAUGUUCCUUUCCCUCUUCGCUAUGCCUGUGAGUUUCUUAUGCAGGCAUUUGGGCUGCAACUCAAUAUGGAGCUUCAGUUGGCAGGACAGUUGGCUGAAAAGAAGAUUCUCAAAACACAGACUUUACUUUGUGACAUGCUCCUCCGAGAUGCCUUGUCUGGUAUUGUAACUCAAUCUCCUAGUAUAAUGGAUCUUGUGAAAUGUGAUGGGGCUGCGUUGUACUAUAAUGGAAGAUGCUGGUUGAUGGGUGUCACACCAACUGAAUCACAAGUUAAAGAUAUAGUGGAGUGGUUGCUAAGGAAUCAUGGGGAUUUUACUGGUCUGAGUACUGACAGUUUAGCCGAAGCAGGGUACCCUGGUGCAGCGUCACUAGGGAGUGCGGUCUGUGGUCUGGCUACUGCAAGAAUCAGUUCAAAGGAUUUUAUGUUUUGGUUUAGAUCUCACACUGCCAAGGAAGUCAUGUGGGGAGGAGCUAAGCAUGAUCCAGAUGAAAAGGAUGAUGGUGGAAGAAUGGACCCAAGAUCAUCAUUUAAGGCUUUUCUUGAAGUAGCUAAAAGUAGAAGCUUGCCUUGGGAGGUAUCCGAGAUUAAUGCAAUCCACUCUUUACAGCUUAUAAUGAGAGACUCAUUCCAGGAUAUGGAGGAAACUGGUUCGAAGACAAUAAAUAAGGCUCGUCCUAGUGAUAGUAAGAUGCAGUUGCAAGGGAUAGAUGAGAUCAGUUCUGUGGCUUGUGAAAUGGUUAAAUUAAUCGAGACAGCUCAAGUUCCGAUUUUCGGGGUUGAUUCAGAAGGUCUCAUCAAUGGCUGGAAUGCAAAGAUGGCUGAGUUGACAGGUUUAGAAGAUAGUGAAGCUAUGAGUAAGUCCCUUGUUAAUGAUAUUGUUCAUGAGGACUCGCGUAAAGCUGUUGAAAGUAUCUUAUCGAGAGCAUUAGCAGGUGACGAGGACAAGAAUAUCGAGUUGAAAUUGAGAAAGUUUGGACUUUCUCAACAGAAUUCUUACGUAUAUAUUGUGGCCAACAGUUGCACAAGCAGGAAUCAUGCAAACAAUGUUGUUGGUGUAUGCUUUGUGGGUCAAGACAUUACUUGUGAAAAACUUUUUACGGAUAAAUUCAUCCGCUUGCAAGGGGAUUAUAAGGCUAUCAUACAAAGUCUUAACCCGUUAAUUCCACCAAUAUUUGCAUCUGAUGAGAAUGUUUGCUGCUCUGAAUGGAAUGCAGCAAUGGAGAAGCUAACUGGUGUGACAAGAGAUGAGGUGAUUGGUAAGAUGCUCCCUGGGGAAGUAUUUGGAGAAUACUGUCAAUUGAAAGAUCAAGAUUCAAUGACUAAGUUUAUGAUUGGGCUAUAUCAAGCAAUUAAUGGGCAAGAUAUUGAGAAGUUUCCAUUUGGGUUUUUUGAUAAAGAAGGGAAGUAUGUUGAAGUUCUCUUAACAGCAAGCAAGAGGACUGAUUCCAAUGAAAACAUAAUUGGUUGCUUCUGCUUCUUGCAAAUGUUUGUGCCUGACAUCAUGGAAGUACGCAGACAAGAGUAUAAUAAUAGCAAUUCAAAACUAAAUGAACUAAUUUACAUGCGCCAAGAGUUGAAGAAUCCUUUGAACGGUAUCAAGUUUACUCGCACACUUCUUGAAAGUACAGAUAUUUCAAGUUAUCAGAAGCAGUUUCUUGACACUAGUGAUGCAUGUGAAAGACAAAUCAGUGCCAUCCUUGAGACUAUGGAUACAAGGAGCAUAGAGGAAGGUAGUGUGGAGCUGAACAUGGAAGAAUUUCUCUUGGGAAGUCUUUUGAAUGCCAUUGUGAGUCAAUCAAUGAUCUCACUUCAGCAAAGAAAGCUGCAGCUUUUUCAUGAACUUCCAGAUGGAAUUAAAUCCCUAUAUCUGCAUGGCGACCAAAUCAGGCUUCAGUUGGUUUUGUCAGAUUUCUUGCUAAAUGUGGUGAAUCAUGCACCUUCUCCAAAUGGUUGGGUCGAUCUCAAAAUUUCACCAGGCCUAAAGCUAAUAAAGAACGGCUAUAGCUAUAUCCGUUUACAGUUCAGAAUGACUCAUCCUGGUCAAGGGCUUCCCACUGCACUUAUCCAAGAUAUGUUUGAUGAUGGAAAUCGAUGGACUAAUCAAGAAGGGUUAGGGCUAAACCUAUCCAGGAAACUUCUCUGUAGAAUGAAUGGUCAGGUGCAGUAUAUCAAAGAGCAUGAUAAGUGCUACUUCCUCAUUGACAUUGAACUUAGAAUGAGGAAAGAAACACAGAGGAUGUUUUUGACACAAGGAGAUAAGAGUCAUAAGAGCGCCUCACUUGAAUUUUCCUCUAAGUGAGACUA